AUGCACACGGGUUUUACUACUACUACUACUACUACUACUACUACUACUACUACUACUACUACUACUACUACUACUACUACUACUACUACUACUACUACUACUACUACUACUACUACUACUACUACUACUACUACUACUACUACUACUACUACUACUACUACUACUACUACUACUACUACUACUACUACUACUACUACUACUACUACUACUACUACUACUACUACUACUACUACUACUACUACUACUACUACUACUACUACUACUACUACUACUACUACUACUACUACUACUACUACUACUACUACUACUACUACUACUACUACUACUACUACUACUACUACUACUACUACUACUACUACUACUACUACUACUACUACUACUACUACUACUACUACUACUACUACUACUACUACUACUACUACUACUACUACUACUACUACUACUACUACUACUACUACUACUACUACUACUACUACUACUACUACUACUACUACUACUACUACUACUACUACUACUACUACUACUACUACUACUACUACUACUACUACUACUACUACUACUACUACUACUACUACUACUACUACUACUACUACUACUACUACUACUACUACUACUACUACUACUACUACUACUACUACUACUACUACUACUACUACUACUACUACUACUACUACUACUACUACUACUACUACUACUACUACUACUACUACUACUACUACUACUACUACUACUACUACUACUACUACUACUACUACUACUACUACUACUACUACUACUACUACUACUACUACUACUACUACUACUACUACUACUACUACUACUACUACUACUACUACUACUACUACUACUACUACUACUACUACUACUACUACUACAACGCUAUGA